CUAGUUCCACGAGUUCCACGGGCACUUCCGGGUCUACAGGUUCUAGAGGGUCUUUUAGUCAAAUGGCAGGCUCGCAGUUCAGCCCCAUGACCCCACGAGAGCGGGAGCUCAGAGAGAUCCAACAGGUCGAGAGGCUCCGCCAGCAGUUAGAGGAGGAUCUGAAGAAAGCAAUCUAUAGAGAAAAAGAGAUAAAAAGUAGAGCAGCCAGACUUGAUACGUUAGAGGCUAAGAAGGCUGCGUUAGAGGGAUUGGACGAAUCAAGUUUGUCUGACCCCCUGAAAGUGUUGAGGGACAACAUGUUGUCACUGCAUGCACAUGUGGACAACAGGAUGGACUUCAUGCAAAGCACUUUGGACCAGAUCCUAGAUGCAUUGACAAAACCAGGAUUCCGGCCACCAGCACAAUCGCCGUUGCCGUUAACGGCAAUGUCAGGCCCCUUUGCCGUACAAGUUGGCACACAGCCAAGUGGUACGUCUGCAGCAGCGGCACAGACUGUUGCAUCUUCUUCUUCGGGUCCAGUGGUGAUUGCUACAUCACCACAACAACCUGUUCAGCAAUCUGGACAGCAACAAGGUCAAUGGUACCCCAAGACCCCAAUGAAACCGCCUCUUGCCUUCUCAGGCGAGAGAAAGGACGAGGAACUCAACACAUGGUUGAAGACGGUCCCGGUUUGGGCGAAGGCCAAACGGACCUUGCCAGAGGAUGAGGUGGUAACUGCGGCAUCUUACCUAGAGGGUAAAGCAGCCAAAUGGUUAGAUGGGGUAGUUGUGAAAGCCGGGUAUGGGCGACGCAUGGCAGAUUGGGCUAAGUCUUUGACUCUAGACCAAUUCAUGGAGAUGGUAGAAGCUCGAUGGCAUAACCCACAGGAGGCUCAUAGGGCCACUGAUGCCAUUAAUAAACUGGACCAACGCAAGUCCAGGAGAUCGAUGCUGCCCCCAACCAUGGAUGGUCAAGUUGACAUCGACGACAUUGUGGAUCACAGGGACAUGCCUGUUCCAAAGCCGCUGGGCCGAGGAAGACCUCCCAAGCCCAAGAGAGAGUACCACGUCAGAUUCAGGCAUCACACGGAUCCUAAAGAAGAUCGUUGGUUUACCAGGGAGGAACUGAUUGACACAGCCCCUCAGGUGGUGGCAGACUAUGAGAAAAAACUGAAAGGGAAGGCGCCUGCGAACUAUUUUGAGACUCUUCAGGAUGAUCUGACUGAGAUGACCCGCAAGUACCAUGACUUGGCCAAGGAGGUGGCUGACCUGCGACAAGCCCAAGUGGCCAACCCUCUCCCUCUACCCCCUGGGACCGGAGCUGCAAUCGAAACUACUUCUGCCCCUCUUACUGUAUCUUCUUCUACCUCUUCUUCGAGUGUGAUGGUAACCUCCUCAGGACCUGCAGCAGGUGCAGAUUCCACUGUUGUUGUAACAAGCAAUGAGGCUGGAAUUUCUGCAAUUGCUGCAGCCCCAAGACCGGAACCAGCUACUGCUGGUCCCAGCCACGCCAGUCCCUAUGUGGACCGGAAGGCGGUUCAAAUACCGUCCAAGUACGAUGGCAAGGAAGACAUCGAGUCCUGGAUUGGCUCCAUGAGAGCCUACUUUGAGAUCCUGGGGACUCAAGCUGAGACCCAGACAGUUAUCAUGGGUAUGAACGUCGAGCCAGUCGUACGGGGCUUCCUAGAAGUCCAAGCAACGCGGGCUGGGUUUCAAAAGUCUGCACUAGCCAAAUGGCUAAGAUCCACCCCGGUUGCCUCCCUCGAAGAACUCCUUAUCUCAGAAUACCAAGAUCCACAUGUUGCUGCUAAAGCAAGGAUUCAAAUGGACAAAGUAAAGCACAACAAGUGGAAUGGCUCAAUGAAAAGCCUGCAGACCUAUCUAAGCAAGUUGUUUGCCACUCCUGGUUUGGAAUUGUCCACUCAAUCUUGCUUAGAUGUGGUCAAGGGCGCGGUUCCCACUAACUUCACUAGUCGCCUGGGCAGGGACUACAUUGCUUAUACUGACUGGCUUGCCUUAAUGAAGGAUGUAGUCAGUCUGGAGGCCUUGGACCUCGUUAGCAUGGCAGGCAGCAAAAAGCCCAUGGGCGGCAGACGGUUCAAGGGCAGCAACCGUUUUGCUGUGCAUGACCUGCUAGAGGCCGAAGGAGAAGCCAAUGCGGUUGACCCCACUCUUGGUGACGACCAAGAGCAGGACUCCGAUACAGCUUGCGGGUGCAAGGUCUUUUCCAAGAUCGAUCUCAAGUCUGGCUACCACCAGAUUGAAGUCGAUCCUGCGGACCAGCACAAGACUGCGUUCAAGACGCGCAAUGGGCUUUAUGAGUUUACCGUAAUGCCCUUCGGUCUUACGAACACACCAGCCACGUUCCAAAGCCUCAUGGACAGGGUCCUCCGCGAACAGAUUGGCCGGUUCGUGGUAGUGUACCUGGAUGAUAUCCUGAUUUUCAGCAAGUCCAUGGAGGAACACCUCAAGCAUCUUGAGGAGGUACUCGCCAUCCUCAAGAAGACGCAGCUCCAUCUCAACUUGGAGAAAUCCGAGUUUGGGAGGGAUAGCGUCAUCUAUCUUGGGCACCGGUUUUCCGAGCUCAAGCUGGAGAUCCACAAGACCCACGACGACAGCCGACAUGCGUACUUAUACUCCCGAUCGGGGGGCGCGUGCCAAGCUUGGCUCGGCAAUAUGUUGUCCACGCACGGGGUCACGGUCUCCGCACUGCAUACCAAGAUCAGCUGGGCCGAUCUGAAGGCGGCGUGGCACAAGCGGUUGCAAGUGGAGCCGCCCGAACUUCAGACAAUGGACAAAUUGCUGAAGUUUCAUCAGAACACGUUGCCAAGCGGAGACUGGAUCGCCGAGUACCAACGCUUGGCGUCCACGCCGGACUUACCGAUGGUCUUCAAAGGCCUCAAACACUACUUCAUCACGAUGUUGUGUCCAACACUGUCAAAUGCUUUAACACAAGUCGCAGAGACUUUCACCACGAUUGCGGAGCUCUUCGACAAGGCCGCACAGAUUAUCGUAACGAACACGGAAGCCAAAAAACUUGAUCGUUUGUCUUCUGCGGGCCCAAGCAGAGAUCAGCAUCGGCCGAAAGUGGUCGUGUUCGCGGCAGCAACCCCGAUCGACCUUCAAGCGAGGCUGCUUCUACCAAUGAGGGAGACAGACUCGCAGCCGCCCAGGAUGGUGGCCGCCCUGGCAAAGGCCAAGGAUGCGGCAGAUCGAAGAUCAACACCUCUUCAAGCCCUGAGCCUGGCGCAGCAACUCAAGACCCUCUAUGUCAUUCUCAUCUAUAGCCGGACCUUCGAGGACCGUCUUGAGCACCUUCAACACGUGUUGGAGACGCUCCGCCGCGCCAGGUACAAAGCCAACCGUGACAAGUGCAAAUUUGUCCGGCAAGAGCUGGAGUACUUGGGCCAUUUCAUCACACCGGAGGGCAUCAGUCCGUUAUCGGACAAGAUUCAAGUCGUCCAAGAGUGGCCGGAGCCGCGGAACAUCACAGAUGUCCUUUCGUUUCUUGGCCUUGCCGGCUACUAUCAACGUUUUAUCAAAGGCUACUCGAAGAUCGCGGCCAACUUGAUCAAGCUUCAAUGCGAGGAUCGGUCGUUCGACUUCGGUGAUAAUGUGCAGGGUUUAUUUUUGCCCCUCAAAGCCGCUUUGCUAUCUGCGGAGGUCCUGCGCAUCUACGACGUGCUUUGCCGACGCGCGUCACUACCGAUGCUUCCGGCUAUGGCAUUGAGGCGAUGGCAAAGAGAAGCAGCCAGGAGGCAAAUUGAAGCAGAGAGGGAUCCAGUAAAGAGAGGGGCAAAGGAGGAGGAACAGCGGAUGGCGUGGAGAUACCGGUUAUCCCAAGAAAGGGUCAGGAGAUUGGAAGCGGCAGAGAGGGCGGACAAGGACCUAAGAGCGGCGGAAGUUAGGAUGGGGAAGAUCCGAGUGGAGACUGAGCUAGCAACCAAGCUAGAUACGCUGAUCCAAAGUGUAGAGGCUUUAUUAGUCGCACAGCGGGAACAAAUGCAGUACAAACGCAGUCAAGACAUCAAGAUAAACGCGAUACGCGCGGUGUUCAAGGACUUCGCGUGCGACAUGAUGAAACACCUGCUGACCGAAGUGCACAUUGCGAUUAAUAGGACCCGAGAGUUUUGUACUGGCGCCAUUGAAGGUGCCAAGCUAGCAGCCCCUAAGGAAGAGGAGCCGGCCCCACCACGUCGCGAGAAAGUCAAGGUCCGAUUUCCCGAACCCUUCAGUGGGAAGAAGGGUGAAGAUUUUGAUAACUGGGAGGCCAAUGUGCACUCCUAUCUGUACCUGCAGGGAGUCACACCUGAAGACCACACUUUGGUGGCCUUCCAGGCCCUUAGAGACGAAGCAACUAGCUUUGCUAGGUCGCUAGCCCACGCUGCCAACUGCGAUAACGAUAUGGUUACAUACUCCAGACUGACACCCCUCUCCGACUUCCUGAAAGCCCUCAGGGAGCGAUUUUCUGAUGUCACGCGGGGCCUUAAGGCCUCGGACAAACUCCAAAUGAUCCACACUCGCCAGUGGAAGAGUGUGGAUGCGCUAAAGUCCGCUAUGGACGAACUGAUUGCGGUCCCUGGGCAUGGAGUCACUGAUGUGCAACUCCUUAACCUCUUCUACCGCGCCCUGCCUGAAGAUAUUCAGGGACACUUCUUUGAGAAGAAGAAUCAGCAGGGCAUGACUUACGAUACACUUAGUCGGGAGGCAGUUGCAUUUGCCGCCCAAGCGUCGCCAGUACGUGCCCAGUUUGAUUUGAAAGCAAUUCAUGAUGCUAUCGAAUCAGCUGAGACUGGCACCGACGUCUUGAAGGUUCAUAACGAACUUGUCAAGUGUCGUCGGGCACUUGAUAAGAUUAUUAUGGAACAACUUGCAAAGAUCUCGGAACAGAAGGAAGAGAAAGAAGUUGAUGUGAAUGACGAAACCGUGAAUGAGAACAUCAGACAAUUGGAAGAAGCGCUUGAGAAAGAAAAGCAGAGGAAACAAGAAAUGAGAAGGCGUAAAGAGAGGAAUGUACAACAAGAUCAAAAAGUGGAAAAAGUUAGACAAACUGUCAUUCACACUGAAGGGGAAGAACAGGCGAUUUCUCUGGCCCAACUUGUGAAUUACCUUGCCCACUUGGAAAUGAAAAUAGAUCAGUUUGGCGAGCGGAUGCAGUCCCAAAUUGAUCACGUGGCCUCAGGACUCCGGAUAGUCACGAAUUUGGUCAAGGGAAAGGAACAAGUCAAGGAAGAAAAGACUAAAAAGCCAGAGAAACUCAUGGGAGACGCCAUGAAGUCUCUCAAGGUAGAAACAGAGAAGACGGAAGAGAAAUCAGAAACAAAGAAAGGGGAGCCUUCGAGUCCGCCGUCUUCUUCACCAAGCUCCCCUCCUUCCUCUCCACCUCCGAAGUCUCCUCCUCCUAAGGAUAAGGUAACUGCGGAACCUGAAAAGCCAAAGAAGAGGGAGAAAGUAAAAAUGAAAAUGCCUUUUACGUUCUACAACAAGAAGGAUGAAAACUUGUUGCUAUGGAUUGUCGAGAUUCAGACUUACUGUAAAACGUCUCCUGUCGAACCUGACUCUCAAGUUGCGUUCUCUACUUCAUGUCUUGGUGGGGAAGCAAAAGAAUGGGUACUGGCAGAAGCUAACGCAGCGGGGUUCGAGGACAUUGGGGAGUGGGCUGGAACCAUGAAUCUGAAGCAGUUCCUUGGAAAAAUUAAGGAACGCUUCCUGGACAAAACAACGGCCGACAAGGCCUUUGACCAACUUACUACCAUUGGCCAAAGACAUUGGACCUUGGUAGAAUCUCUGUCUCGGGAAGUAGAUCGGUUGCUGCAGGUUCCUGGAUUGAACUUGCAAGACAACCAAGUCCUUUAUAUCUAUUCCCGCGCUCUGCCUGAGCCUAUUCGUGGACAGCUCGUGCCAGAUGCUAGAUCCGGCAAGUACAACUACAGGCAGUUUUGUGAUCUGGCUCUCCAACGAGAGCAAAUGACUUCACAGGUAAAAAAUUUGUAUGCUUCCGUGGUGAAGUAUGGUGGAGGUGGAAGUGCAGGUGUAGGAAAGCGGGUACUCUGGUGCCAAAAGCACCAGGACCACACCCUCGUCGUCUUUGAUGACGAUACUGUGGAGAACUGGCCAUUAGAGGCCGAGGGUGUGACGAGCAGCAGUGAGUCCGGGAAGGGGGAAGUCACUGCCGCAGUGGUCAACAAGGGAGGACCACGACCGCCAGGAAAAGGGUUGAAUGCCGUCACUGUUAAGAAUGUCGAACCUCUACCACGUAUUGACGACUUGUCAGACCAGUUGCAGGGCUGCAAGUUCUUCAGUAAGAUUGAUCUGAAGUCUGGAUACCACCAGAUCGAGGUGGAACCCACGGAUCAACAUAAGACUGCGUUCCGAACCAGGUAUGGCCAUUACGAGUUUAUGGUGAUGCCCUUUAAACUGACUAAUGCUCCCGCGACCUUUCAAAGGUCUAUGAAUGAACUCUUUCGUCAGUGGCUAGAUAAGUUCGUCAUCGUCUAUCUUGAUGAUCUUCUAGUGUAUAGCAAGACACUAGAAGAUCAUGAGAAGCACCUUCGUCUGGUGCUGGGGAAGUUGCGUGAGGGCAACUUCAAGAGCAAUACCAAGAAAUUUGAGUUUGCUAAGUCCGAAGUGUUAUACUUAGGACACAUAGUGAACGAAGGAGGUCUAAGACCAGAAGAGAAGAAGAUUUCAGCAAUUAGAGAUUGGCCACAACCUAAGUCUAUAACGGAAUUGCAAUCUUUCCUUGGUUUAGCUAGUUACUACAGGACGUUUGUUAGAAACUUCUCACUGAUUGUUGCACCAAUGCGAAGAUUGUUAAAGAAAGAAACUAUCUGGUUGUGGGAUAAGGAUUGUGAGUCUUCCUUUCGGAAACUGAAGUAUGUCCUGACUCACUACCCGGUCCUUAAGAUUGUUGACCCGUCUUUGCCUUUCAUCGUCACCACUGACGCAAGUCAGUAUGGGAUUGGUGUUGUUCUUCAGCAAGAUGACGGCAAGGGCUAUAGGCCCAUAGAGUUUAUGUCUGCGCGACUGCCGUCUAAAAAGGUUGCCAACUCCACCUAUGAAAGGGAGUUGUAUGCCUUAGUCUAUGCACUAAACACGUGGAAGCACUACUUGUUAGGAAGACACUGCACUGUAUACUCAGACCACUUUGCCCUGAAGUGGAUAAAGACACAGCCUAGGCUCUCUGAUAAGCUGGUACGAUGGUCUGCAUUUAUUGAUACCUUCGAUUUUGAGUUGAAUACGAUCAAAGAAGGAAAUGAGUUUCCUCACAGACCCUCUAUGAUUCCACCAGACAUGGAUGGCGGAUAUGAGGUUGACCGGAUCAUAGAGCAUGACUACUUCUCUACGGGAGGACGUGGACGACCUCAGAAGCAGUUCAAGGUCAGCCAGCAGCAAUCCAUGUCAGAGGAGGAUUAUGAGAUUCAACAGGCGGAUGCCCUCCACACAGAGUUACGACGGCAGUUGCAAGAGGUAGAAGAGGCCACAGCAGAAGUGUACAAUGCCACGACCAGUGGUUUCUUGGCAAAACAGGGUGAGAAUUUAACGAUUUAUGGGACAAAGUUUGGAGCAAACACCAGGUUAAGAGAUGUUAAGGUCAUCAUUGGCCUUAAUGAAUCACGAGGAGUGUGCAAUGCAAUUGUUGCUAGUGAGGAUUACAUUGCGUGUCGUCUUCCAGACCUUCGAGUAGGGAAAUAUCCAGUCUCUGUUGGCUUCAACGACCGAGGUUUGGCAAAGAUGCCCAGCGGAGGGAUCAGUGUUUCCUAUGGUCUGGUAGUGACAUUCAUCUCAACGAACCGUGGAUCACUUGGUGGUGGCACAAAUGUCACUAUUUACGGGUCGGGGUUCUCUUCAGAUAUAAAUGAGAACGAGGUGAGGUUGGGAGAAGCGCGGGCUACGCUUAAGUCAGCCAGUGGCUCACAGCUUGAAGUUAGCACCGGUCAGAGUCCAUCGGUGGAUGGCAUCACCGUCAGGGUGAUAGUGAUCGUUUCUGAUACUAGCGGACCCUCAAGGGUGUCUAUAGGCGAAGCCACCUGUGAUAGCUGUAGUUUUGAAUACCAGCCAGCACUUACUCCUAGGUUAACUGGCAUAACACCUCAAACUUUUGAACCGUGGCGUGUGGGAUUUCUCACCUUGUCUGGAGACAAUUUUCUCCCCUCAGGUGUCAGUGCGCAGGCACUGACUGUCAGGAUUGGUGAGUCGACAUGUGAUGAGGUAAAGCAAGUAACAAGCACAUCACUUCAAUGCCAAGCUCCUGGCAUGAUGCCAGGGAGAUAUCCUGUGAGGUUAUCAAUCAAUGACAUUGGGUACGCUUUUCACACAGCCUUUUUGACGGUGCCAUUGCUUCUUGACAACACACCAAGUGCCGUCCAGCCACGGAGUGGAAGCAUUGGUGGAGGAACCAACAUCACGUUCUCAGGCUUUGGUUUCAGCAUCAACGCCGCUGACCAUUUGGUCACAAUUGCCGGUGUUCCAUGCAUUGUGAUGUUCAGCUCUCGAGAUCGCUUGACAUGCCAAACACAAGCUCUUCGAGGGGCAGCAGGGACAUUUCCAAUCAAGAUAAUGAUUGGUGGAUAUUAUGUGAACAAAACAGUUGCAGGGAUGUUUUCCUAUAGCCCUGCUCAGACUCCGGUUGUUCAAUUUGUGAACCAAUCAAGAGGUUCGGCUGGAGGCGGGACAGCUGUUGCAAUUACUGGAAGUGGUUUUGGGACCAAAAUUGAAAAUAUUCAGGUUUACUUCGGCUCAGCAGAGGCCCGUGUGUUGGGUGUCACUCCGACAAGUGUUUCGGUUGUGUCUGGUCCAACGAAAUCUGGGACAGCCGAAAUAAGAUCCCCUGUGUGGGUGUGUGUGAUUCCUGAUGGAUGCUCUGUGCGUGGGGAUGUUACAUUCUCAUACGUUUCAUUCUGGAGCUCGCCAACUACAUGGAAGCCAGACAACAUCCUGCCGGCUCCAGGAGACUCAGUCUAUGUCCCUCCUGGGGAGGUUCUUGUUCUCGACACAAUUCCACCACCCCUUGAGUUGAUUGUUGUGGAAGGCGCUUUGCUGUUUGAUGACACAAUGGACUUAUCUCUUCAGGCAAAAUACAUUGUUGUCCGCAAAGGCCUUUUUGAGGUGGGAAGGCCGGAAGCGCCCUUCACCCACAAGGCUGUCAUCACCAUGCAUUGUGAUAUUGACUGCAUGGAUAUACCCAUAUAUGGAGCAAAAGUAAUUGCUGUACGUGAGGGGAUACUCCGCAUGCAUGGGAUGCCAAAGACCCCACCGUGGACAAGAUUGGCAAGCACGGCUUACCCAGGACAGACCACGAUAACAUUAAUGGAUGCAGUCAAUUGGGAAGUAGGGGAUGAGAUUGUCGUUGCUGCAUCUAAUUUUAAUCCCAAUGAAGUGGACACUGGGACCAUUGCCGCCAUUACAGAUAACAAAAGAAUUGUUCUUGACCAGCCCCUCAAGUAUGAGCACCUUGGAAUCUCUGUUGCCUACGAUGGUCGGGUAGUUGACAUGCGAGCAGAGGUUGCAGUGUUGACAAGAAACGUUGUCGUUGAAGGAAAUGAAGAAUCUGAGAAAACUAUGUUUGGUGCCACGAUCAUGAUGCACAGCCAUGGAGACAACAGUUUAACGGCUACGUUUUCGAAUAUCGAAGUCAGAAGGUCAGGCCAAGCAUUCCUUCUAGGGAGGUACUCCUUCCACUACCACAUGAUUGGUGUGGUGACCAACUCAUUUGUGAGGAACUGUGUUGUUCACCAUGCAUAUAACCGGGCAAUAGCUAUCCAUGGCGUUCAUCGACUGAGUGUUGUAAACAAUGUUGCAUAUCAUGUUAUGGGCCACACCUUCUUCGUUGAGGACGGGAUUGAAACUGGAAACACCAUUCAGGGGAAUUUGGGCAUACGCACGCUGCAGUCUUUCAGCUUGCUGAAUACUGACAGCACACCUGCAACAUUUUGGCUUACGAACCCAAAUAAUUUUGUGCGAAACAAUGUUGCUGCGGGCUCAGCUGCUUAUGGAUUCUGGUACAGAACUGAAGAACAUCCAGAUGGCCCAUCGGAGACCACCGAUGUUUGUCCGAUAUCUACACCCCUUGGUGACUUCAGCGGGAAUGUAGCUCACAGCAACCUCCGCUAUGGCUUGAGAAUCCAUCCGGAGUAUGAUCCUCGUACCGUCAUGUGUGACAAUUUGAGCCCCCCGCAGACAGCGAAUAUGAUGGCUUACCUCGCCGAUUUGGAAAUAAAGAUUGACAAUGUCACCGCCGAAUUGCAGAUGGUGACUAGUUUAGUGAAAGGAAAGAACAAAGUGGUGCAUGAGGAGGAGUCCCAGGGGAAGGAAGAAAGGAAAGAACCCCAAGAGAAGUUGAUGAAAGAUGGCAUGAAGUCUCAGAAAGAGACCCCAAAGAAAAAGGAACCGUCGAAGAAAGAGGAGCUGAUGAAAAAAGAACCUGAACCUUCAAAGAAGGAAGUCGCAAAAGAAGGGGAACGCCCCAAGAAGAAGGAAAAAGUCAAGAUGAAACUUUCUUUCACGUACAAUGAAAAGCGAGGGGAACACUUGUUGUUGUGGGUUGCAGAAAUCCAAACUUACUGCAGUACCACUCUAGUCAAGGCAGAAAGUCAAGUUGCUUUCUCGACCUCAUGUCUUGGUGAAGUUGCAAAGGAGUGGGUCCCGUCUGAGGCCGAUGCCGAUGGGUUUGAAAAUAUAGGUGAGUGGGACAAAACAAUGACACUCAGGGAGUUUCUUCAAAAGAUCAAGGAGAGAUUCCUUGAUAAAAGGACGACUGACAAAGCCUUUGAUGAGCUCACUACCAUCAGUCAAAAGUAUUGGACUAUUGUGGAUGCUUUGUCCUGCGAAGUGGAUCGUCUGUUGCAUAUACCCGGUUUGAACCUGCAGGAUAACCAAGUCCUCUACAUCUACUCUCGCGUGUUGCCUGAACUCAUUGCAGGACAGCUCGUGGCCGAAGCGAAGUCCGGUAAGUACAAUUACAGACAGUUUUGUGACCUCACGCUCCAAAGGGAGCAAAUGACUGCACAGGUAAAAGGCACCUAUGCGUCCAUUCUAGGAAGUGGUCCAUCAGAUGGGUUAGGAAAUGGUAAGAGGAUUCUGUGGAGGCAGAAGAGACAGGAUCACACCCUCGUCGUCUUCGAUGACGACACGAUGGAGAAGUGGCCCCUCUAUGAGGCCGAGGGUGUAGCUAACGGUGGCAGUAAGUCUGGGAAGGGUGGUGUCACUACCAUGGUGGCCAACAAGGGUGGCACCAAUUCGGGAGGAUAUCAGAAAAAGAGACCACGCUCCUUCUCGGAGCAUCCUAGCGUUGCAGUUGGGAGGCCUUUGGAGAAAAUGAACCUGACACGAGAAGAGUGGCAGGAACAGAUGAACAAUCGGCAGUGCCUGAAGUGUGGCACUGCAGGGCACAUCAUCGCAUGGUGCCCCCUCAUCCCAGAUUGGAAGCUGCAAAUGGACGCUGCCCCUGAGGCAGAGAAAGCGCAGUACCGAUUCUUCUAUGAGAAAGCAUUGAAGAGGGAGGAGGAAGAGAAAGAGAAGGAGAGGGAGGAGAAGGUAAAGGCUCAUGAAGCCAUUUUUUGUACCUUGCCUGCCCUAACCGAUGAGGAGGUGGGAGAGAAAACGGUUCCACUCCUCCGGGCUUUGGUAGACAUUCGGGCUGUUGAGGACCAUACCGGCCAACUCGCCAAAGUAUUCGACGAACUCAAAAAGUUGCGGGACGACAUGGCCCCGAUGGCGCAGCAGCACCGUGACCAACUGCAACAGUUCGCUAAUGUGCAGCCAACCCAAAGUAUCCUUCCGCCUGCUUACCCUGCUUCUAGUGCUGCGUGUCAGUCCGUUCUUGCCUCUCUGAAUGUGUCUUCUUCUACUUCUUCUUCUUCUUUGAGUGUGACUAACGACCUAUCCGGAUCUGCAGCAGGUUCAGACCCCGCUGCUGCUGCUGCAGCAACAAGUAGUAGUGCAGGGCAUUCUGGAACUGUUGCAGUCCCGAGUUCGGACCCAUCAGCCGUUGGUCCAAGCUGCAGCUUUUCCUAUAUGGAUAGAAAGACGGCCCAGAUUCCGUAUAAGUAUGACGGAAAGGACGACAUCAAAUCUUGGAUCAGCUCCAUGCGAUCCUACUUCGAUGUGCUGGGGACACUCCCAGUUACUCAGUCGUCGGUCCUAGGGACCAAUGUGGAACCCGUUGUGAGAGGAUUCUUGGAAAUCCAAGCUGUACAAGCAGGCUAUAAAAGGAUAGACCUGAACAAAUGGCUGAAGGCUACGCCGGUAGCCACACUCGAAGAGCUCUUGAUCAAACAGUAUGCUGAUCCACAUGUUGCAGCUAGGCUAGACUCAAGCUUGACAAGCUCAAGCACAGCAAGUGGACCGGCACCAUCCACAACCUGCAGCACACACGAUCUGCUUGAGGCUGACGAGGAGACCCUCGUGGAGGAAUCUUCUCUUGAUGAUGAUCAAGAGCAAGACUAUGGGGCAUCUUGCUCUUUGUCAGUCCAUGAGUCUGAGUAUGUGAACGACGAUGAAUCUAUGAAUGCCUUCAAAAAGACUGCCUUUAAAAGUGGAUGCAAGGUCUUCAGCAAGAUCGAUCUCAAGUCUGGCUACCACCAGAUUGAAGUCGAUCCUGCCGACCAGCAUAAAACUGCAUUCAAAACUCGCGAUGGGCUGUACGAGUUUACAGUCAUGCCCUUCGGUCUCACAAAUGCGCCAGCCACCUUUCAAAGUCUCAUGGAUAAGGUAUUUCACAAUCAGAUCAACCGAUUUGUUGUUGUAUAUCUGGAUGACAUACUAAUCUUCAGCAAGUCGAUGGAGGAGCACAUGAGAUACCUUGAGGAAGUGAUGCAGAUCCUCAAGGACGCGCAACUCCAUCUCAACUUGGAGAAAUCUGAGUUUGGGAGGGACAACGUCAUCUACCUUGGACAUCGGUUGUCUGCUGCAGGCCUAGAGCCCGAGGCAACCAAAGUAUUCGGGGAGGAGAGAGCCUUACUCACUAUGGCAGCGGAAUGGCAGACCGAGGCCGAGGGUGGCGCAUUCAGCAACAGCGGACUCAAGAUAUCGCUGUUGCUCUCCCACCUCACAGACCUCCUGGCGACGUGCAUUGCACAACAGGAGGACAUCCAUUCCCUCGACAACGAUGUCAAGCAAGUCAACAGUUGCCUAAAGCAGUUGGAGCAACGACCCCUCGCUGCCCCCGUCGCCAGCUCCUCCAACAUUGCCGAUCGCCUCGACGCCUUGGAUAUCAACGUCGGAAUGCUCACGGACGGCGCACGAGCACAGCAAGCGGCUACUCAACAACUCGAGCAGUGGAUCUGCGCUGCCGCUGCUGGCCCUAGCACGUCAACACGCGAGUCUAUUCCGAAGUUCGAGGGCCAAGAAGUCUUCCGCAACGCCACGAAGACGGACCCAAUUCCAUGGUUCCGCCAGUUCAAAAGCAAGCUUGACAUCCACCAGACCAACGCACACAAGCGACACGCACACUUGUACUCUCGAUCGGGGGGCGCAUGCCAAGCUUGGUUGGACAACAUUCUGUCCACGUAUGGGGUAGCAGUCUUCGAACUACAAGCUCAGCUAGGAGGAUUUGAAGGCGGUGUGGCUCAAGCGGUUCCAAAUAGAGCCGUCGGAACUCUAAGCAAUGGACAAGUUGCUGAAGUUCCACCAGAACACCUUGUCGAGCGGAGAUUGGAUUGUCGAGUUCCAACGCUUGGCGUCAACGCCAGACGUACCAAUGGGCUUUAUGGCUAUCAAACACUACUUCAUCUCAAGGUCAUGUCCGGCGUGGCCCGCGAGUUUUGCAUGCAGCGGUACGAUGACAACAACGCACCGCUCCUCUACGUGCUUAUCCAAGUCGGGCAAGCGUCCUGUAGCGCUUUGCUGGAUAGCGACGAGACUCGCAAUUUCAUGAGCCAAGCCUUUAUGCAAAGGACUGGCCUCGGCGCACAAGUUCGGAGGAAGGCAAACCCGACGGCGAUCAAGGCGCAACAACUUAUCGACCGUUACAUCGAGGCUGUACCGGUAUAUUUCGCACCUCAUGCAUGCGAACCGGUGACGUUGGACAUCUUGGACAUGGGCUUCGAUAUUAGUUUGGGGAUGCCUUGGCUUGCAAGUGCGGAUCACACGGUCAACUUCCAUCAACGGACUCUUACCGUCUGCAAUGCCUUCGGCGCCGAAGUGUUGUGUACCUUUCCUCUUCCGCACCCUUCGAUUCGGUGCCAAGUUGUGACGGCCAAGUCGUUCCGGGCUACUUGUGCUUACGAGGAGUCCGACGAGAUAGGCCUAUGUUUCCUACGAACCGUCGCGGUAGCCGACUCUUCAUCCACGGACUUGUCUUCAUACCCCCCUGUGGUGCGGUUGCUUGACGAGUUCGUUGACAUCUUUGAGUCACCUACCGGUGUGGUGCCGGACCGGCCGAUCUCCUACGAGAUCAUUCUUGAGCCCGGUGUCGUGCCGCCGAAAGGUUGCAUCUAUCGCAUGAACGAGGAGGAGCUCACGGUCCUCCGCGCACAACUCGACGACUUGUUGGACAAGGGCUGGAUCUGCCCUAGUAGCUCACCGUAUGGAGCGCCAAUUCUCUUCGUACGGAAGAAGAACAAGGAUCUACGAUUGUGCAUCGACUACUGCAAGCUCAACGCACAAACCGUCAAGAAUGCGGGCCCACAGGAGCAGGCGACAAAGAUGAAGAAAUUGGAGGAGGAGAUGAAGAGAGUUCAGGAGGAGGAGGAAGAGAGGAGAAAGGUUGCCAAAGAGGAAGCAGGAGCAGAAGAGGAAAAAGAGAGAAAACGUAUUGAAAGCAGAGAGGAGAGUAGUGGCACGAAGAAGGGUGAAGACGCAGAGAUGGAGAAGAAGAUUAGCGAGUGGAUAGCUAACUUACCGUUGGGGGAAGAUGAGGAGGCGGAGUUCUAUGUGCCUCAGGACGAAAGGGAUGCGUUAGCUCAGGAGCUACCAGCAAUGGAGGACCCCCUGGAAAGACAAGAAAGAGAGGAGGAGAAAAAGUUGGAGUGGAAAUUGAGAAUGAAGAGGGAGAAGAAAAGAAGAAGGGAUGAGGUUAACAGGUUGACCGCAGAGGUGGCGAAGAUGAAGGAUUGUAGGCAGGAGGUGGAGGCUCAGACAGACACCUCGGCCAAAUGGGAUAAGGUGUUGGGGUACCUGGAGGUGUUGAGCGCAGCUUGGAUGGAGGAACGCCAAGCCAAUAGAGCUCAAGAGGUAGCCCUGAAGGCCAUGCGGUCCGGUUUUCGGGAUUUUGCGCGUGAGAUGGUUACCCACGUUGGAGGGGAAGUCAGGCGGUUGAGAGACAACGUGGGGAAGUUCUGUGAGGGUGCCAUUGAGGGUGCCAAAGUAGUAGCCGCUGCUGAGGGCGAGGCCAGACCUCACAGUGAACCAGUCAAACUUAAGUUCCGCGAUGCUUAUGGUGGGAAAUCUGACGAGAACUUCGAUAACUGGGAGGCUAGCAUAAACAGUUACGUUUACUUGCAACAUAUCGUACAAGACGAUCAGGUCCUGGUAGCCUUCCAGGCCCUCAAGGACGAAGCGCCUAGUUUUGCUAGGUCUCUCGCGUGCACGGCCGGUUGUGAAAACAACAUGGUCGCCUAUUCCAAGGUUACCCCUCUCCCUCAAUUCUUCAAGCUCCUUAGGGAGCGAUUCGCUGAUCUUCGCAGAGGCGUUAGAGCCUCUGAUAAGCUCCAAACCAUCCACUCACGGCAGUGGAGGAGUGCCAAGGCACUCAAGGCCGUAAUGGAUGACCUGGUGGUCGUCCCGGACCAUGGGGUGACUGAGUCCCAGUUGGUCCAGUUAUCUUAUCGUGCCAUGUCAGAGCCCCUGCGUGGGCACUUUUUUGACAAAUCCCAACAACCCACCAUGACGUACGAUGCGCUCAGUAGAGAGGUGGUGUUGUUUGAGGCCAAGUCCAUGCCAAUUACCACUUUCCGGCAUAAGGACUUAGACAAGGGGAAGAAGUGGAAAGGCCGUACCAUCUCAGGCCAAGUGAGGGCCAAGGAUGAUAUGAUCCUUACCUUAGAGUGGCACGUCAGCAGUGCCACAUCACAGUGCCACGCCAGCAGUGCCACGUCAGCAGUUCCACGUCAGCAGUACCACGUCAGCAACAAAGCCACUUCAGCAGUACCACGUCAGCAGUGCCCCGCCACCAUGACGGUCUCAGUUCUGGGCAUGCCAGGCCAACUGGCCAAUGAGUCCAUUGCCGAGUACCGACAGCGGUCCGAAGCUCAGCUCGCACUGAUAGAGGCUGAGGAACAGCGUCAGGUGGCAGCCGAGGCUGCCCACCUACAAGCUGAAGCGGCAGCAGCAGCUGAAAAACAGCGCCUUCAGGCCGAAGCAAACGCAAAUACCCAAGCACGCCGCAAGGAGGCCCAGGAUCUGCUACAACGGCAUGAAGCCACCAGCAUCGAAAAGCUCAAGUUCUGGCAUUUUGAACCAUCCGAGCACCACGAAGACGCGACACCGGAAGAGCAGCACAAGGAGUUCCUUGCCAAACUCGUGACCCGGUUGGUUUACACUUGACUUGGAGCAAGCUGCACCAAGACCGGAUGCUGGCGAAUCCAGCAGUGCACCCUCUACCCGCCAAUUGGAGGAACGAGUUGCCACGUAGUCGCAAUGCUCGGCGACAUCAGCACCUUCGCUACACCAGCCACCAUCAGCAAGCAGCUGGACACCUUGAAGACCGAGGUUCAGCAACUGCACCAGCUGCCCAACAAGGAUGGCAACACCAGCGCGCAGCACUACAAGAUGCCGACAUUCCAAAUCGAAAAGUUCGAUGAUUAUACACAUCAAGACCCGGUCCCCUGGUGGGAGGGCUUUACGACACAACUUCGGAUUCUUUUCGUCCCCGAGCACUCGUACAUCGGCGCGCUGUUCCUCAACUCAAAGGGCGGAUGCCAGAUCUGGCUCAGCCACCUUGCAACCAUCCAUGGCAUCCAAGUUGCCGAUCUACAUAAGAAGAUCUGUUGGGAUGAGUUGACGAAGCUAUGGAAGAAGCGGUUCAUCGUGGACGACGCCCCAACACUCGCCAUCAACCGCCUCUUAUGCAUGACUCAAGGCAACACACCAACACCGGACUGGCUCACGGAAUGGCAAAAGAUCGUGGCAACACCCGAUCUCGAGUUGCCAUUUUCGCAUCUGCGCCGGGAGUUCUACAACCGGUCAUGUGCCGCCUUGAGCCUCGCACUUGGUGAUCGCGAGCAAUACACGACCUUCGCCGAAAUCAUCGACAAGGUGCCAUUCGUAUUCGAUGACGACGCACGCCGGUCAUUCCAAGCACUCAAGACGGCCAUGCUCAUGGCACCUGUCCUUAGCAUCUACGACCCCACCCUGCCAACGAGAGUGACAACUGACGCUUUCGGCUAUGGCAUUGGGGCAGUCUUGGAACAACACGACGGCGACGACUGGCACCCCAUGGAGUAUUUCAGCCACAAAGUGCCUCCUAUCAAUUCACUUGAUGAUGCGAGGAAGAAGGAGCUGCUCGCGUUCGUAAUGGCUCUCGAGCGAUGGCGGCACUUCCUCCUUGGGCGUCGUAGGUUUGCAUGGGUCACAGACAACAACCCAUUGACUUACUACAAGACGCAAGAUACGGUGAGCAGCACGAUCUCACGAUGGAUGUACUUCAUCGACCAAUUUGACUUCACAUCGAAACAUCUUGCCGGCCUCUCCAAUCGCGCAGCAGAUGCACUCCCGCGAAGACCCGAUCUUUAUGCUAUGACACAUCAUGCCUUCGAGUUCGACGAGGAACUCCAGCGACACUUCAUCCGAGGCUAUGAGUCCGAUCCGGAUUUCACCACAUUGUAUGCGCAGCUCUCUUCGGAUCACCCGCCGUCCAGCCACUAUCGCAUCGUCGACGGGUCGCGCGUGCACGGGGACUCCCAGCUAUGGCGCCAGAUUCUCUAUGGUCUCACGGCUUACAGAAAUGGACAUAAAGGUGCUAUAGCCAGCCAUGUGGGCUCCAUGAUCUUUGAAAACUUCCUCAUUGUUGACAAUGGUGGAUGGACAGAAGUUCCACUGGUGAAUGGCAAGGACUUCUCUGGUGGCAUGGAGAUCACGUACGUGCUCAAGAAACCAGGGAAGAAAAGGGAUGUCUUGUCUUGCAUCUUCUCCAGAGAAAAUGCUGACUUGGGUCUGUUUUCCAACUUUUUCAGGGGAAAACAGCAGCCACAGGCGGAAGUGGUGAUGAAGGUGGAAGGCCAACAGCCUUCAACCUCCACUUCUCCUUCUCCACCUCCGCCUGCUACUCAGCAGGAAAAGAAGGAGUUGCAAGAGCAACUGCGGCGUCAACAGGAACGCCUUGCAGAAUUGGAACGACAGGAGGCAGCUGAGCUAGAGGCUGCAACAGAUCAUUCCAGAAGGGAAUAUCUGUUACAGCAGCUACACAAGGCACUCACAGAUGACCGCUGUGCCCAGGUGACCAAACACCUGGCAGAGAUGGUCAUCUUGGAGCAUAAGAUCACUAGUUCCCAGUUCACGAACUGUGACGACCGUUUUGAGCGUUUGGAGCGUCGGGUUGACAACCUGGCAGCCCAACAGUCAAAGAUUCUGGAUGCAAUUCAGAACUUGACUGCUCAGCUGUCAGCCGCCAAGCUGAUUGCCCCUCAGCUCCCUCUGUUGAAACCCAAACGUUCUCCUCCUUCUUCCCGUCCUUCAACUCCCCCUGGUUCAACACAUUCGUCCUGGUCACCAUCUCAUUCCCAAAAGGCCUCAGGAAAGGCCACCUAUGCUGCUGUUACUGCAGGAGACCAAAGAGGGCCCAAGAUCCCUGCUCCCAACAAGUUCAGGGGUGAUGACCCCAAGACCGAUGUUGGGGACUGGGCUGCUGGGACCAAAGUCUACUUGAGGGGCUUUGUCUGCGCAGAACAGACCAAGGUGGCGACUGUUCUGGGACUGUUUGAGGGACCCGCUUUGAAGUGGGCCACCUCAACCUCCAGCAGUCUGCAGCAGUCCAUGGAGGACUGGGCUUUUGGGCUUGGGGUAGACAGACUUCUGCAGGCCCUGGAGGACCGAUUUGCAGACAAGGAAUGGGCCCGCAAGGCUGCUGACAGGAUUGCUCGCCUGGGUCAGCAGCGAUACAGCGGCACCCUGCAGGCCUUGUUUGCUGAGUUCGAGCAACUUACCUCCACCCCUGGGUUGGUCAUGUCAACUGACGAUCUGUUGGCCAACUUCUGCAGGGCCGCGCCUGAGAAGUUUGUUGUUGCUUUGUACAGCACUGGGCACAAGGACUGGAGACCCAACACUUCUGAAUUCCGUGCACCUGUUCUCUUUGUGUCCAAAGGGGAUUGCGAGUUCAGAAUGUGCAUUGACUACAGGGGUCUCAACAAGAUCACUAGGAAGAGUACAGAGCCACUUCCUAGGAUCGAUGACCUCCUGGAUAUGGUGCAGGGCUGCACAGUGUUCAGCAAAGUCGACCUCAAAUCUGGUUAUCACCAGUUUGAGAUGGCGGAGGAGGAUGCCUACAAGACAGCCUUCAAGACCAGGUAUGGGACCUAUGAGUUCCUGGUCAUGCCAUUUGGACUUUGCAAUGCCCCAGGCACCUUCUWGACCGAGAUGCACCGCAUCUUCAGGCCUUACCUGGACAAGUUUAUGGUUGUCUACCUGGACGAUAUCCUGGUAUUCAGCAAAACUGCCAGGGAACAUGCGGAGCACUUGGCUCUUGUCCUUCAGUCGUUACGCGACAGCCAGUACAAGAUCAACAGAGAGAAGUCCUCUUUUGGAGUUCCCUCUGUUAUCUAUCUGGGUCAUGUAAUCUCUGGAGAUGGUCUGGCUCUUGAAGCAGCCAAGAUUGCUGCUAUUCACGAGUGGCCUCAGCCACAGACAGUGAGGGAUGUUAGGUCCUUCAUGGGUUUGGCCUCAUACUACAGAAAGUUUGUCAGGAACUUUUCUGCAGUGGCUUCACCCCUGACUAACAUAACAAAGAAAGAUACUCCCUUUCUUUGGUCUCUUCCCUUUCAGUUGGCCUUCACACGACUCAAGAAGGCCUUGACUCGUGCGCCUGUGCUGAAGUUACCUGACCCCACUUUGCCAUUCAUCCUAACCACUGACGCUAGUCAGUAUGGCAUUGGGGCAGUUCUUCAGCAAGAUUAUGGGAAUGGUCUACGACCUGUAGAGUUUAUGAGUAAGAAGAUCAAGACUCGAAAGCUCCAGGACUCUACCUAUGAGAAAGAGCUAUAUGCUAUUGUCUGUGCCCUGAAACACUGGAAACACUUUCUCCUGGGCAGGCACUUCAAGAUCUUUUCUGAUCACUCCACCUUACAGUGGAUGAAGUUCCAGGGAGAGUUAAAUGAUAAGUUGGCACGGUACAUUCAGUUCAUUGCAUACUUGCAAGCGGACGCCGUCCGAGCGGUUUCGCACAUGCGGUAGACCGCCGGACCUGACUCGUGCGGCGCACGAAUGUGCGC